AUGACCAUAACAUUCAUCCCUGGUGAAGUCAACAAAAGCUCAUGUUCGGUAGUGCAAUCCAACUGGAAAAAUCAUCACAUUAUUGCUUAUGGCUCAGGUAACAACUUGAUCAUUACUACUGCCACUAUUGGGUCAACCAACAAACGACCCAAUCCAUAUAAUAUUGACAAGGACUUGCAGACUAUAUACCUUGAGAAGGAUCCCAUAGCAAUAGAUAUCAAUCACAAGAAUGGUGUCAUUGCAGUUGCUUACGAUGCCAAACUCAUCAUAUAUAAACCCAUGAAUGAAUAUAUGACAGUACCGAAAUGGACAUGGGCAAUUGAGUUUUCUGUCGACACUGAGGUAACGUGUCUUGAAUGGGCUUGUGAAGAGGAUGAAUUGGUUAUUGGAGGCAAUCAAAGCCUAUAUUUGUACCAUAUAGCUGAGGAAUAUGGCGAGUUUCACCUUCGACAACGAUGGAGUUCUACACAACCAAGUCCCGUAUCAAAUAUCAGCAUCAGCCCCAAUGCCAAACUCAUAAUGGUUACAAGUGGACCAUACGACCGACUAGUUAAAGUAUGGACAAGGAUGAAUUACGGCGAUGAAAAUACACAAUUUGAAGUGUCCUAUCUAUUACAUCCACCAGGUACUCAUGUUGUUGAUUUCCACUGGAGGAGAAAAUCGAGUAAAAAAACAGAGAAGGUGCUAGAUGGGUCCAUGGCACACAUUAGGAAAAUGAGGGGAUAUGUUAAUUUAAAUAAUGACGACAGUGAAGUAAUUUACACGUGGACUUCAGACUACCAAUUUAAAGCGUGGGCAUCCUACGAAUCGAAUGGACAUAACCAUAUAAGCAAUUGGGCGAAUUUAGAUUUGACCAAUUGCUUUAAAGACGAUGCUAUUAGAGCGGUACUCAUCAUCGAAAACAUUUUCCUUCAAAACAGUUUGAUACCAUUAUUGAGGAGCUCAAGGUCUGCUCUAUUUGACGGGCUCAAUUUAAAUGAUUUGGAUUUAUUGUUUGUCAUUUCAAAUUCGGGGACGGCAAAGAUUUAUGCUGUGGCUAAUAUAACGCAUACCCCACCGACAAGCAUCAAGUUUAUUCCCAUUGGCGAAGGUUUGGAUCUUGAGUUUGGUAGGAACGAAUUCCCACAUUUGGAUGUACGAUGUGAACACAAGUUGGAUGUGGAGUACAUUGAAUCGGAGGAGUUUGUAACAACGCAUUUGAAACCAGUAUUGAUCAAGAAUCUAACCAGGUUGAAUAAUGAUGAGAGAGUAAAGUAUCUUUCAUUCUUACUUCAUGACCGUGUGAAAAACACGGUGCGGUUUGAGGUGAUUGAUUUCAAUAAGCUUUUGAAAUCAAACGCAUUGGGAAUUAUAUUGGUUAAUAAAUACCAAGGACAUAUCAAAUCGAUACGAAAAUUAGUUCGAUCAAACUCCCUUUAUUCGUCGAAAAAUGUUGUCCUAUCUAUAUCCAAUUUUGCUGAACAUAAUUAUAUUUGGGAGCCAAUGAUUAUCGAGGAAAAUGGAUUGAGUAUCAUGUCGAUUACCAAGCGAUUCCGAUUGGAUUUAUCGUGUGAAGGUAAUAGUAUAUGGGAUGCAGCAAUUAUAAAUGAUAUAGAACCACCUGUUGGGUACAAGCGGCGCCAUGUGGUUAUUGUGGUUGAGAAAUUGGGAAAGUUGAGUCUUUGGGAUUGUAAUGGUUCAGUAAACGAUGAUCAGCCAGCAACAAAGAUUGAUGUUGUUGAUUGUGAGAAAAAACAGCCUCGGACACUUGUGUUGACUGAGUGCCCGAGAAACACUCAGGAUAAGAAGCAGUAUUGUAUUGUAGCCGUUUUUGAAAAGGAUGCGAUCAAAGCAUGGAAUUUGGUACUAACGUAUCAAGGUGACCAAAUUGAUGCAAUCAAGCUCCAAAGUCAGCCAAUUGCCAAUUUACCUCAGCAAGAAAAUAUAUAUCAAAUUACACGCGUUGAUGCCUUUUUGGAUGAUAAUAGUAAGAGCUUGAUUGCAGUUAUAGAUAAGGAUGGUUUAUUGAAAAGUUACACAUUGGAUUUCAGCAAACAUCAGCUUGAAUGGGUCAUGACUUGCUGCAUACCAACCAAUGUUAAAAAUCCAGGAAAAAUCAAUGGUUCUACUGUGAUUAAUAAAUUUGCCGUGGUCGAUGAGUCAAGACAAUGUCUCUCGAUUUGGGACACUACGCAAGGUGUGUUGGAAUAUGAAGAAACGUUUGCUUCGGAAAAUGGACCAGUAACGGACUUGGAUUGGACCUUUAUCAAUGCCACCACCAAUGAAGACUCAACUACAAAUGCCAUCUUAUCGGUGGGGUUUGGGCGGUUUGUUUUAUUGUACACGCAAUUACGUUACGACUACACUAAUAAAAUACCUACUUAUGCCACCAUCAAGAAAAUUGAUGUUUCCAACUAUACGUCUCAUGAGAUUGGUGAUCUGAUUUGGCUUGAUAAGGGGUACUUGGUGAUUGGAUGUGGCAACCAGUUUUUCAUUGAUGAUCGAUGGGUCAAAUUGGGGUCAAGUACAAUUGAUUCGACGAUACGGCAACUAAUGAGCGGGUAUGUCGACAAACCUCAUGAAGACAAACUUGACAAAGAGAAUAUUGUGUAUGAUAUUUCCCAAUUGGUUAGAGUUUUAAAUGGACCUUUGCCAAUUUACCACCCCCAAUUCUUAAUCCAAGCGUUAUUUAUGAGUCAAAUUAUCCCGGUGCAGAAUAUUUUGGUGAAGUUGUUUCAAGCGUUGCGACAAGGCGAAACUAUAGAAUGGGAUUUGGGCAUUGAUUUUGCUCAUGAGAUGGAAAAGAAUCUUGAACCAUCGGCUAAUGGCAAGAUUCAACCUUUGCAGCGACGCAUGUCGCAAACAUUCAAUUUAGAUGUGUUUACUAAAUUUAAUGAUGAGUUGGCUGAUUUGCUACUGGAUAAAUUGAUGAAAGUUUCCUUGCCUUUGAUGACACGACAUCAACAAAGCACGUUGGUAUCGGUGGUGGCUAUAGUCAAGGAAUUGAAUAAAUAUUCAAUGACUUUAGAUGAAAAUGGUAUCAGAUUUAUGAUUGGAUUCAAGUUAUUCCAAUUGGCAACGAAACAGAAACGCCUUUCAAUGAGAGAUAUAAACUGGGCUUUGCAUUCGGAUAAUAAAGAGGUGUUGUUGAGCUCAGUGGAGACCUAUUACAAGAACAGAUUGACUUGGGAGAAUGUAAGACAGACAGGGUUAGCCUACUGGAUCAAAACUGAUCGGUUGGUGAAACUAGUUGAAUCAGUAGCGAGGAACGAGUUUGGUGAAUCGCGUGAUCCAUCGGGAUUGGUGUCUUUGCUCUAUUUGGCAUUGCGUAAAAAGCAAAUUUUAAUUGGAUUAUGGCGUAUUGUGAACCAUGAAGAAAAGACCAAGAUGUUGAAAUUUAUGAACAAUGACUUUACUGAUGCGAGAUGGAAAUCGGCUGCGUUGAAAAAUGCCUUUGUUCUUCUUGGUAAACAUCGGUAUAUGGAUGCGGCGUAUUUCUUUUUAUUGGCUGAUAAACCAUAUGAUUGUUGUAGCACAUUGGCUACCAAAGUUGACGAUAUUGCGUUGGCUAUAGCGGUGGCUAAAGUAUACUUUGGCGUGCAAAAUAUCGGCAAAGAGUCGAAUGAGUGUCUUGUACAAGUUAUGCAGAAAUUUGUCUUGCCUCACGCGGUCCAAAAUGGUGAUAGAUGGAGUACAAGUUGGGUGUUUUGGCAAAUGAAUGAUAAGCAAAUGUCAAUUCAAUCAUUGAUUAAAUCGCCUUUACAAAUGGUUGAGCAAAGUGGAAAUAGGUUUGAGGAGUUGCGCAAUGUUGGCGUAUCAUCAAAAGGACAAAGCUUUCUUCGUGAUGAUCCUGUGCUUGUAUUGUUAUUCAACGACUUAAGACAUCGUAAAGUGGAUUACUUGAAAGGUUCAUUAAAUAUUUCUCAACAUCAGGAAUUUGAUUUUGUUGUUCGAGUUGCAAUGAUUUAUACGAGAAUGGGCUGUGAUUAUCUUGCUUUACUACUUUUAAGAAAUUGGACAUUUGUGCAAGGGCAAAAAGAGGUUAAUAAGGUGGUUGAAAAUGGAAACAACAUUGGAAAUGGGCAUGCCUAUACAGAGAAUAGAAAUGCGGUGCCUAGUUUGCUUGACUCGUAUACAGAUUCACAACCUGCCCCUCCUUUGUCGCCUCCUGCUCCUCCACAUCCAUCAUUUAAGAAUAAGGCUCCACCACCAGCACAAGCUUUUGAAGAACCCGAUAUGAGUUCAUUCAAUUUUGGAUUUUAG